ACUUUGUUGCAAUUACUAGUGGAAGUUUGAUAUGUAAAAUUAGUUAUCAGAAGUGAAACACGUGGGUCAUUCACGUCACGGCCGACGUGUCCGGUCAGCACUCAAAUAUGAAUUAAGCAGUUAAUGAUGGCAGCAUAUCGUCGCAGACGCCGAGCGUUCGUCUCGUAGUCGGUUGCGUAGCGAUAGUUUUGGUCGCGUCGCGAGUCAGCCGCGUCACAGGGUGAGAUCGCGCGGAAGCGAAGGUUGCGCCCGUGACCGCGCCCGCCCGCCGUCGCCGCGGUAUCGGCCACCCGCCGCAGUCGCGCAGUAUCGCGCCGCGCUCGCUCAUCCCCGGACCUCGAGCAGCGCGGGCUGUGCAGCACGAGGGUCACCAGCCUGUGUAGUGAUGUGCCGUUCAUGCCGCCGAUGAUGUGUGGGCGGCGAGUGAGUGAAGUGAGAGUAUGCGCGCGAGGUGACGCCAGGCGCCGGCCGUCGCGCCCGUAGCCCGACAUGUGGACACUGCUGCCGCCGCUGCUGGCGGUGGUCGCGCUCGCCGGGGGCGCCGCCUUCACGCCCGACAGGGACUUGCUAGAGUGUGCGAGAUCCUGUACAUGGACCAGCAUGUAUACGAUAUUCCAAAAAGCUACAACAGAAACAUUCCACCCGACAAAAACACGACGGUUUACGUGGGGGUGAAUGUCAACCGGGUGUCUGGAGUUGAUGAAAAUAAAGAGUCCGCAUGGUCUCCGCAGGAGAUAACGCUGGACGUGUUCCUGCAAGUGUCGUGGGCAGACAGCCGGCUGCACGUGCCGCCCAACAUGCCCUUCAUCGACCUGCCGUGGGAGUUCCGCGCGCUCAUCUGGACGCCAGACCUGUACAUCUGGCAGCUCCAGACCAUGAGGAUCCUCUCCGUCCUCCAGGAGAUGGCGUCGCUGCGCCUCUACUCCAACCGCACCGUCUCAGUCAGUAUUGGCGCAACAAUAACAAUCAAGUGCGAGAUGGACUUCGUUCUGUAUCCUUUGGACGUGCAGAACUGCGCCAUCGACUUCAGUAGUUAUAAAUACACAACGCAGGAUGUGCGUUUCGAGUGGCGGGAGGUGGCGCCGUGGCUGGGCAUCGGCCCGGUGGGCAGCGAGCAGCGCAGCGAGUUCCGACUGCCCAAAUAUGUGGUCACCUUCGUCACGGACAAAAGUAAUCAUAUUCGCAAUUUUGGUGAAGGGGAGCAUUCUGCAGCGCGACUGCAGAUCAAGCUAUCCCGGGAGUUGCGGAGCUACUUGCUGGAGAGCUACCUGCCGUCGUCACUGUUCGUCAUCAUCUCGUGGGGCAGCUUCUGUGUGAUCCCUGAGAUCGUACCCGGCAGGAUGGUGUUACUUGUCACCACACUGCUCUCUCUUGUCACCAUGUUCGACACUGUCAGGUACACAAACUCGCCAGACGCGCUUGAGCUGAAGUGCAUCGAAGUAUGGUUGAUCUCAUGCACGAUAUUCGUGUUCCUGGCGCUCAUGGAGUACUUCGUGGUGCUGUUUGGCAUCCGCUACGACAAGAGCUGGAGCCGGCGGCGCGCGGACCUGCGCCGAGCUGCCUCCGCCGCGCAGCUCGCGCCGCCGCCGCUACAUAUCAAUCACUCACAGAGGCUGAGCACGCCGGUGACGGGCACGCCGCAGGGCGGGAUGUUCUCGCCCACCUUGAGUGUCGAGGAUGACGGCUUCAAGCAACAGAUGGAACACCAAACCAUCCAGAGGGACUCUCCGAUACUGGAGUCGAUGCCGUCGGGGAGCGGGCCGAGCGGGUUCCUGGCGCGGCUGGGGCAGGCGGCGGACCGCGGCGUGAUGUUCUGCGGCGCGCAGCACGGCGCGCUCGACAAGUUCGCGCUCAUGGUGUUCCCCAUGUGCUUCUGUCUGUUCACCGUCAUCUACUGGAGCACGUACCUCAGCGAGGCGCAUCGGGCCUCGCGCCUCAAGUGAACCGAACCCACUUUGUGAUCAUAGUGCCUAUGCAGACCGACUGUUGUGUAUAUAUUAGACGAAUUACUAGUCGAAUUAUCAAUUUUAACGUGUGACCCUAUAAUGUUAAGUUUAAUUCAAUCUAAUUAACGAACAAUGUUGAAUAGUUUUAACGCGGCGUUAUGGUGUUUCUAAGGAAUGUCUUCGUACAUACAUACGCUAUUGUUUAAGUUUGUUAUGAAUUUUUAUUUCAAAUACCUAUUACAUAUUUAAUGAUCUUAUAGAACCUAAGAAUAGAGCUGUAAAUGUGCCUUUGAAAAUGCGGUUUCAAUUGAAUAAGAUUGAGGACUGUUAGUAGGUACUAAAUUCUAAAAUUAAACCUUACUCUAGGAAUGCUCAGAAAUAAGAAAUCAUUUCGAGAGAUUUAAAAAAGAAAGCGUAAUAUAAUGAAAACAAUAAUAUCGUUAAGUACGUAAGCGGGCAGUUUGGGGACCACAGUUGAGCUCAAUAGUACAAAAACUAUGCUAAGGAAAAUGCCUUUCUGACUCGGGUGCCUUUUGCCUUGUUAGUUCAAUGAAUUUUAUCGAAAAUGAUUUUCUCUAUCUACUUAAAGACGAGGUUAAUAGCCUUGUGAGUCUUAGUACAGCUUACAUGUACAAAAUAUUUGUAAUGGAGUGUUUCUACAUUGCUUUUCUAUCACAUCUCCUUAAUAGGUAAUUGAAUAGCCUGUUUCUAUAAAACUGUUUUUGUUUUAAACCAUAGCCCUAACUUUGUGAUUCAUGAUAUUUGUUUUAUUUUUCUGGAAGCCAUUUUCUGUAUAAUAUAAGAUCAUGUUCCCGAUCCCAAACUCAUUAAUGGCAUUUAGACAAAUGCCUAAAAGUAGGUACUUAAGCCUACAUUGUAAUAUAAAGUUAUGUAAGUUUAGCAAGUAAAUAUGUAUUAACUAAGGCCUGAGAUAAUACCGAUAUCAUAGAGAUUGUAGUGCUCAUUUAGAUUUAUUAACUUAUUAUAAAUACUAGCUUGUAGGUUGUCAUCCUAAGAUAAUUUUAUACCUUAAAAUUAUGGAGAAUGUUAAUUUUAUGCAACAUACGACAUUUGUAAAAAUAUGCAAUGCCGAAAUUGUACGAAUUUAUAACGAAUUAAUUGCUUUAAAUUGAAGUUCAGAUGUCAUGAUCAGUUCUUUUUAGAAAACCGGAGAAACAACACAUUUGAUUGAUGCUAAUCACACUUAGGUAAUUUCCUAAGUAUGACAAAAAUUACUAUAAAAUCAUGUUGGUUGCACUGUGCAUCCAUGAUUAAAGAAUUAUGGAAUAAAACAGAUAUUUGAGUGACCUUACGAUCUUUGGAAUGUAAGAUCAACUAAAGACGACAGUAAUAGUUAUUUACAGAAAAAAAAUGAAUUAAAAGAACUUUCGGAGUUAAACUAAGGUUAAAGGUAUGAUGAGCUCUGGCUAAUUUCUCCCUGAUUCGAUGAUAAAAUAACCAAAUAACUCGAA